AAUUCUCUUAUUUGCAUUUAAUACUAAUGCAGAAAUUUACAUUCUUAUUUCCCAAAGCUGGAGAGAAGACUGAUGUUCCACGUAGCUAUGUACAGUGUUCUACUGCUGCCAGCCAGAAACUGUGUUCCAGCCACCUGCCCCUCAGAUUGCAGGGGGAUAACAGGACAUGCUCAGGGAGAGUGGAGCUGUGGUAUGAGGGCUCCUGGGGGACCAUCUGUGAUGACUUAUGGGACAUAAAUGAUGCCCAGGUGGUCUGCAGACAGCUGGGCUGUGGGGCAGCACUGAAGGCUCAUGGGAACGCUGCGUUUGGGAGAGGAAAUGGCUCCAUUUGGCUGAAUGAGGUGAAGUGCAGGGGUGAUGAGCUCCACCUGUGGGACUGUCCUCACUCUCUUCAGGACCACACGACCUCCUGCUCUCACAAAGAGGAUGCUGGUGUCACCUGUGAAGGGAUGUCUUUUGAACAUGUGACUGCCAAGGAAACUACACAAACAUCCACAACUACAACCACAGCAAAAGCAGUUGAACCCAGAACACAAGACCCGUCCAUCCCUUUUGUGGUCUUCCUGGUAUUGGGGGCUUUUCUCUUCCUGCUGCUGGUGCUGCUGGCUGGACAGUUGUACCAGAACAGGGUUCUGAAGAGAGCCCUGUACCAAGGGGGUCUUACCCCUCUACAUGAGGCCAUCUAUGAGGAGAUUGAAUACAACCUGACCAGGGGAGAGACAUACAGAGGUGCCAGGAAAGGAAGUGUCCUGUCUGAGGAUGUGCCCUCUGGGUACGAAGAUGUGGAGGACAGUGAGGGAGACCCCCUCUCAGGGACAGAUGAGAAGAAAGAAUACUAUGACGAUGCUUUUCCUCUGGAGAGGAGUGCUGGACUGAUGGGGACAGAAGACACAGCGGAGGACUAUGAUGAUGCUGUGGCUGUAGAACAGAGUCGACAUUUUUUACCAGGAGAGAAAGCGUUAACCACUCUGCCCCCUGGUGAGGGACCCCCUGAUCCUAACCACACUGACUAUGAUGAUGUGGGAGACGGAGGAUCGUCUGCAGUUCUGGAAUCUCUCUGUGACUGACAGCCCAGUCUGAGUCUCAAGGUCCUUCUGCCCAAAGCUUCAAACCAACAGGCUCAUUAAGAUCUGAUGCUUCUAAAGUAGCUGAUAACAGUAACUUAAGAUGCUUAAUUUUUAUUUUUCAUCAACAAUUAAAUUUUCAUAAACUAUUGUAAUAAUACACAUCCAAAUUUAAAUUUCUUUUUAUGCUCUUGUGCUUUUUUAGUUACUUUGAAAGUAUACAGGUGGUCCCUGAUUUACAAUGGUACAAUUUUGAUUUUUUUUUUUUUUCUUGCCAGGCAAACGAUAUGCAGUACAAUAUUCUCUUUGUGAUGCUGGGUAGCAACAGCGAUCAGCAUCUCCCAGUGUGCCACGUGGUCACUGGUGUAGAGUAACGGUUGUUUACAGACACAGAUGGGGGGUUUCUCAAAAACAGUUGGAUUUUCUGCCCCCCCCCCCAAUAUCUAUGUUGUGUUUUGUGUUUCCAUAACGUCUCAGAAACACCCAUCUGUGUCUCCUCCUACUGGUGGGAAGACGGAGAGGAAGACAAUUACUCUUGAGGAGUAAAUCAAGAUAGUUGCCCAGCAUGAAGGUGGCAAGCCCGUAAUGGCCAUCGCACGUAUGUUAGGCUGUGAUAUUCGGGAGGUUAGGUGUAUUAAAUGCUUUUUCUACUUAUGAUGGUUUCGCAGAACGUAACCCCAUCGUAAAUCGGGGGACUACCUGUAUAUUGAAACUAAAGCCACAGUGGACCAAUUCUGAGUCUGUUCAUUCUUUUAGUGCCUCAUACACAUUUGAAGGUAUUGUCUAAGAAUGUAAUGAUUGUGAUUUAAAAUUAGACAUGCUAAAAAAUUUUCAUGGCAAAAAUUUUGUAGCAUACAGGUAAUGAAUAUAGUCAAGUUUGUACCAUAUACACACACAUCAUCUGAAAGCG